AUGGUGAUCAAAACCAUUGCACCCGCCGGCAAGCCCGAGGCCUGCUCCGGCGAGCCCACCACCGUCACCAUCACUGACAAGAACGAGGAGCCCAUCGCCCCCUACCACUUCGACCUCUCUGGCCACGCCUUCGGCUCCAUGGCCAAGAAGGGCGAGGAGCAGAAGCUGCGCGACGCCGAUGAGGUGGAGAUCAAGUUCCAGCGCGUCAAGUGCAAGUACCCGCCGAGCACAAAGGUGAACUUCCACGUGGAGAAGUCCUCCAACCCCAACUACAUGGCGCUGGUGAUCAAGUUCUUCCAAGGCGACGGCGACGUGGUGGGCAUGGACAUCAAGCAGAAGGGCGAGGACAAGUGGAUCGAGCUCAAGGAGUCGUGGGGAGCCGUGUGGAGGAUCGACACCCCCCACAAGCUCAUUGGCCCCUUCUCCAUCCGCUACACCACCGAGGGCGGCACUAAGACCGUCGCCGAGAACGUCAUCCCCGAGGGCUGGAAGCCCGACACCUCCUACGAGACAAAGGGCGGGUAUUGA